GCUGCAAAUCUUGUUCUUGAUGUUAAAAUGGGACACAACAUGCAUUACAUUGAGGCUGAAAAAUAUGUCAAGUAAAUCUAAAUCCCAAUUCUUAAUUAAUUCGGUGAUUCUCGAAGCUUAAAUGUUUGCCUUAUAAAUAUGAUAGUAUUUUGAACAGAGUAUCAUAUUGAAAAAAAGUUUGUCAAGUACUGGUUCAAAUUAUAUUUAGCAGAGUGGAACAAUUGUUACAGUGAUCUUCAAGCAUUUUAAACCGUUUUUUUUCUUUCUUGCAGAUCAUAUAUUUGGUACAACUCAGUGUAUCUCAGAUGGACAUUGUAUUUCUGCAUUGCUUUUAACAUGUCUCUGGCCAUAUUUGAAAAACCUGCAGUACCCAAUGCAGAGAUCCCAUUUUGGGUGAGAAAAGCCAUUGUCCUACCUAACUUUAUUUUUCUCUUGUACAGAUGGGGUUAGCUCUUAAAGCUUGUUUAAAUAAAUAUAUGAGCAAGGGGAUAAAACAUACAAAAAUGUAUUUUCCUAAUUAAAACAGAAUCUGUCCCCAAGUUUUCCUAAUUAGAGACACUGUCUGAACAUGACCAACUGAGACACUGGUCUCUCUGCACAACUUCAAAUCUGACUCUUUGAUUUAUUGAUUUUUGUAACCUAAUUGUUUGGGAAAACUUUGAGUUUAUAAUUUAUGCAUUUCUUUCAUAAUCAUUUCAGGGUACAAUGAUCAUGGAAUUUUUUUGUCUAAGUUAUUUCACUUUUCGACUUCUUCAUGCCUUUAACUUUCAACAUUCAAAAGUCUUCAUCAAAGAUACCAAAAAUAUUGUCGUCAUAGUGGUAAUACUGGUAAGUAUUAUAUUUAUGUUUGUUUAAUAUUAAAUUACCAUUUCUUUUUACUAAUCAUAAAUUUAAAGGGGUUAGUACUGGUACUAAUUAUAUUUAUAUUUAAAAAAGAUAUUUAUAAACUAAGUAGGCCAAUCUUUUAAAAAAUGGAUUAAUGUAAUUUUGAACCUGUUCUUAAAGAAAUAAACUCAAACAUAAACUUGAAUGCUUAUUUCAUACAAUUUAUUUUAAUUAGAUCAAUUUCAUACAACUGAGUGAACUGACUGAUAGAGAAUAUAAAAAACCAAAACAAAAAACAAAACAAAAAAAACAACAAACAAACAAAAAAAAAAAAACAUUUCUUUAUAUUUUCUGAAGUUAAUAACAAAAAUCAACCAGAACUGUUUCAUUUCACCCUAAGCUUACAAUAUUGGAUAUGAUUUGUUACAUCAUCUGGAUUAAUGUAGCCCCUGAUACCCACCCUGUCAGAUGGUCAAGACCCCUUAGAUCAUUGUUCAUUAUCAACUUUCCUGAUGGGAAACAGGUUUGGUCUUUAUUUUUGUAAUGAUCUUCUAAGUUUAUCUAUAUGCAUCAACUAUGCUAAUCAUAGUUUGUAGUUCUGGUUACAAGACGUCAUAAUUUCAAAUGUAUACAUAACAUAUACAUUUUUAUGAGUGUUCAGCUCUGUCUUUUUACACAUCAAUCUUUGUGUUUGAUUCCAUUGAUUGCAUCGGGUCAGCAUAUCCCUUUAUCAUUUGUUUUUCAUACAUUUUCGGUAAUAUGCUAAUAUAUAUAUUUUUAAAUAUAGCAUAAAUGGUGCAUUCUUUCUGAGUGAUAACGUAAUUAAUAAUUGUAAAGCGCUUAGAGCUGUAAGGUUAGCGCUAUAAAAAAAAAAUGCCUAACUAAAUAAAUAAAUAAAACGUAGUUAGACCAGAUUUUACUGAUUGUUUUGGGGGGUGGGGGGGGGGGGAAUUAACAGAAGGAAGCCCAUUUUUUUGUCUUUUCAUGAAUAAAUGCUGCUAUAUAAUGUAAAGAAAUUUAAGUAAAACCUAAAACAUAGUUUAAUUUAAAUUUCGGAAGUCCAAUGUUUGGUGUAUAAAUGAAAUGAAUUGAUUUAGCUUGUGAUUGUGGUCCUACAUCACAGAAUAUUUAAAUCAUAUCAUAAAUCAUUUGAAUAAAUUUAAUCUAUUUCCCUUUUAGGUUCGCAGAGCCUUUCGAAAUAUCCGCCGAACAGUGCCUGAUAUUAUGACUGUUCUCUUUCUAUUUCUGCUGAGUAUCCUGCUGUUUGGUCUACUGGCACUAAAGCUGUUUCAUAAAAGGCUAGUUUGA